UCUCUUCUCGCGUUCAAGUUUCCAACAGACUAGGAAAUUUAUUAAGGUAGUUUUAAUUUGAAGAUUUUGAGUAAAGAGAUUUUGAAUUAUCUGAUCUCUGUCUCUACUGCUAUUUUUAUUUUUUGUUUUCGAUCCUACUGCUUGUUAUUCCGUCUGUUUACUUUGUUGAGAAGGAGAAUUUUUUUUUUUUACAGCUAUCUGUUUAGCGGCAAUAGCGGAUUUGCAGUCGCCACUGCGAAUUAGCGGCUGCAUCACCGCUAUUUGAAACUCUGACUUGCUAUUAAGUUUGGAUAUUUGUUGCAGCUUCAAAUGGAAGGAUUAAGCGUAGCAGAUGCUAAUUUGGUGAUGUAUUUACACCCAUCAAAGAGUAGGAACGUGUCUCAGUCGAUUCUCCGUGAGCUUGGCUAUUUGCUAUUCAAGUUCAAUGAAACAUUUGAUGGUGUUUUAUUGGCCUAUGAUGUUAAUAUUCUGGAUAAACAGGCGAAGAUUCUUUCUGGUGUUCAUCCUUAUUUUGGUCUUAGUCUAAAAGCAAAUCUCCUACUUUUUUCACCAAUUCCAGAUAUGCUCUUAGAGGGGAAGUUAGUGAAGCUUUCUCAAGAAUCUAUUCAUGUCAUUAUUCUCGGUUUCUCGUCUGUCAUCAUAACAGCUGAAAACAUUCGUGGAGAAUUUAAAUAUAGAACCAAAGACAAUGAGGAACUAUUUGCCAGCAAAUCUCACAAGCGACAUGUCAUAAAGGUUGGAACCAUGAUCCGAUUUUUAGUUAAGAGUUUUGAUGAGGAAAUACUUCAUAUCAUUGGAUCUCUGAUAUCAGCUCACACAGGAAGCAUUAGUUGGUUGGAUAGACGUUUGGAGGUCACACAGGAAGCAUUAGUUGGUUGGAUAGACGUUUGGAGGAAGAUUCAGAAUUUGAUAGGUCUUUCAAAACUCAAAAAGUUUUAUAUGGCAACCUUUCUGUAUUUCAACUUGCGAAAGUUUUAAUGUAAAUGUUGUAUAAUCCUAUAGGAGUUCUAUGAAGAGUAGAGAUAGAGAAUGACUUGGGGAUAAAACUGUUGAUGAGGGAGCAACUCCUAUGAGCUACAAUAAUCAUAUUAAAAUGUCCAAAAAGCGUAGAAUCACAGAAUGAUGGUGAUGAUUGCUUCAAAUUACUAAUUAUAUAAGGAGAUUUCUUGUUGUCAGGUAGUGGGAAGUGGUGGGCUGAAGGUCCAUGUAGAUGAAGAUAUAUUGCUUCUAGGGAUUGCUUCGGUAAGGAAUUGUUCUUCUGUUGAAGCUUGCUAAAAUUUUGAAAUCUUCCCUUCAAUUUUUGUGGUCGUCGUUUUGUAUGUGACCAAGAUUGAAAAUUCCAGAUUCCCAAGUUGAUAAAAGAGAUUGCAAUUAUUUUUCCUGUGAAGUAGGCGAUUUUUGUUUCCUAGUGAUGUAUGUUGAGUGGCUUUUUUUUACGUUGUACAAGUAUAGACAUGGUCUUAUCUAUAAUAUGUUAACAUCAAAUUUAGCAAAAGGAAA